AUGUACUUCAUCCAAGAUGCGCACUCCUUCUGGGAUUGGAUAUAUUUCGUCAUACUCAUCAUCGUCGGCGCAUUCUUCAUGAUAAACCUCUGUCUAGUAGUAAUCGCCACGCAAUUUUCAGAAACAAAGAAGCGUGAGAUGGAGAGAAUGCAGAUGGAAAGGAAACGCUUCCACAGCAGCAGCACCCUGGCCAGCAACUCAGAGCCUGGCGGCUGCUAUGACGAAACUCUC